AUGCCCAAGCCCAGAACAAGACGUGGCGUCGGCCGCGAGGAUAAAAAGCGAAAGAGACUUGAAGAGGCUGAACAGCAGCAAGAAUCGUACGAGAACGACACCAAGCGCCAGCGCACCGUUGAGGAUGACAACAACAAUGGCUACGACUACCUAGAUGGCCAAGAUGCUCAGCAAAACGGCAUUGGCGAGACCGAGUUCUUCGGUAUGCUCGCUGAAGAGGAGCAAGAAUAUUUCCGACGCGCCGACGAACUGCUGGAGCUCAACCAAUUCCCAUCGGCCGAAGACCGUGACAUCUUUCUCGAAAACGUUUACAAGGAGGCCCAGGGCAAAGAGCUCAAGCUUGCCAGCAGUCAGUCUUGCUCAAGAUUGAUGGAGCGCAUCAUUCAACUCUCGAAUACCGCCCAGAAGAAGCAUCUGUUCGAGGCGUUUGGAGGUCAUUUUCUCUCCCUCGUUCAGCACCGAUUUGCCAGCCAUUGUUGCGAAGCCCUCUUCCUGAGGUCUGCCGGUGUAGUGUCGCAGGAGCUUGCCGGAUUCGUGGUUGACACCAAAGGCACCGAUACAGAGAUGCAAAAGCCCGAGAUAUCAAUGGAGGACCAUUUCCUUGCAACACUAGACGAGCUAGAGGGAGCUCUGUCCUAUCUCAUCACUGAUCGAUUCGCAUCUCACACUCUGCGCGUGCUCUUGCUUGUACUUGCUGGUCGUCCUUUAGAGGACGCCUCAGUGCGAAGUCUCGUCAAGAGCAAGAAGAAGGAGAAGAUUUCAGUUGCCGGAUCUGCUGCUACAGAUGAGGCGAACCAGGGGCUGAGAGCGGUGCCUACCUCGUUCGCCCUGGCAGCCAAGAAGAUUAUCCAAGACUCGACCGCAGGAAUGGAUGCUACUGCACUGCGAGUGCUCGCUAGACAUCCUAUCGGAAACCCUACGUUACAGCUUCUGCUUGAACUCGACCUUACCCUCAACAAGAGUGAGCAAAAAACCGACUCUGAACAACCAACCUUACUCUUCCAGCUCUUGCCCGGUGCUCCUAAGUCAUUGUACGACAGUGCCUCAGAGGCUUCCGAGUUCGUCAACGGUAUGAUCUACGAUUUGAUCGGAUCACGACUCAUUGAGACCCUCAUCACACAUUGCCCUGGCAAGAUCUUCAAGGCUCUUAACCAAAACAUUUUCCUGCCCAGAAUCGAGGGUUACGUCCGAAAUGAUAUCUCUUCCUACGCCGCCAUCCGCGUGCUCAACCGUUUAAGCAAGGACGAUCUCGUGCAGGCUGUGGAGAAGAUUGCACCCAGCGUGCCUCAACUUGUUGUCAAGUCCAGGCUCAACGUUCUCAAGACACUGUUCGAAAGGUGUAAUGCCCGUGGUGCCAAUGAUGAGAUCAAGAAACUCAACAAGGGGCUGAAGGAGGGAUGCGGCAAGACUCCAGCCGACUUGGUCAUCUUCCUUUGCGGUCUGAAAGAUGAGGAACAGAAGAAGAAGGAUGUCCAACAGCUGUCUAAGAAUGAGUACGCUAUUCAGUCUCAUGGCGCCCAACUCCUCACCACACUCCUCUCGAUCCCUGGUCCCACCAAGGGUGUUCAAGAAUCUCUUCUUGCUCUUGAGCCGGCCACUAUCGUUCGCCUAGCCACCACCUCUAUGCCUACCGUUACCGUCCUCACAACCGCCCUAUCCAUCUCAUCUUCCAACCCUGCUUUCCACAAGUCCAUCGCCAGCGCCAUCUUGCCUCACACACAUGAGCUUGCUGUUUCGCAAUUUGGCCACAACCUAAUCAACGCUAUCGUCGAAGUCCCUAGCAAGGGCAAAGAGCGAAGCAUUCCAUUCCACAUGAAGGAAGCCUUUAUGGCACGACUUGGUGGGCAUGAAGCAGAGCUCCGAGACAGCUGGAUGGGCAGAAGUGUUUGGCGCAACUGGAAGGGUGAUAUGUGGAAGACUCGACGUGGAGAUUGGAAGAUCUGGAUGAAGGAGGUUGAUGCCAACAUUCCCUCAACUCUACCGCAGCGCGGACCCAAGACUGCAGAGAAGGUGAGGCCCAAAUACAAUCCUACUGAGGAGAUUGUGGAGGGGCCAGUCAUUGAGGAGCCUGUUGUCGAAGAACCUGCCGUGGAAGACCAUGUUGCUGAGGACAAGAUGGACGUAGAUGAGCCAGCUGAUAAGGCUGAUAAUGGCGACGACGUUAAGAAGGGAAAAAAGAAGAGCAAGAAGGACAAGAAGGACAAGAAAGAUAAAAAGGAGAAGAAGGAAAAGAAGAGGAAGAGCAAGUCUAACGAUGCCAAGGUAGACGAUGAGAUGGAGGAGUAA